GGCUCUAACCUGAUCUACAACUCGCUGAUUAAGCCUUACGUGGCCCCGCACGUCGGCACGAUCGACUCGGCUCUCCAGCGCGGCGAGGAUGCGGCCAAGAAGCUGGCGGCCAAGAUUGAGGAGAAGUCCCAGUAA